AUGCCGCGUGGUUCUGCCGCUGCCCUGCUCUGGGACCAUCCCAAUGACGCGGCGUUUUUCUGGCGACCGGCUAAGACACCUUUGCAUUAUUCAGCUUUUCUUGGGAGAACUAAGUCAGACGGUCUUCAGAUUGGUGUUUGCGACGGGGUCCUUGGAGACAAGAGUAUACAUGUCACCAUCACGCCAGACAACAAGCGUGCCUUAAUUCUGGAUGGAAAGAAUACGGACGGAUUUGUGCAAUCUGAAGUCCGAUGCAAAGGCAAGGUGCCAAUGUUGGUUGGCAGCUGUGAUGAAUCUACCAUUCGGCAAAAGUGGCGGUGUGAUGAGCUCGAUCUUCACAAGACGUUGCAUGGUGAGGCAUUUCCAUACGUUGCUGCCAUGAUCCGCAAAAUCACUCCGCGUUGUCAUUCCAAGCCCCUUGAGCUUCUGAUGCUUGGCCUGGGAGGGGGCACGAUGCAAAGCUACAUCGCGCACGAAUGCUCCGAUGCCAAGCUCACCACAAUCGAGGCUUCCUCCGGAGUCGUGGAGGCUGCUCGUCGAUUCUUCGGCUUCACUGGCAAAGCAAAGGUUGCAAAUGCCCGGGACGCGCUGCAUGAUUUGGUGCAGCAGCAGAGGCACUUCGACGUGAUUGUGGUUGAUAUCACAGACACGGUGCUAAGCAAGCAAGACGUGGACAACUUACACCUGCUAUUGAAUAAGGACGGGAUAGUAUUGCAAAACCAUACGAACUAUCUGAAGAUGUCUGAGCAGCUGGAGUCCUUUCGCAAGGUGUUUGCCACUGUUACAGAGGAGAACUUCAUGGGGGGCAACGUCGUGGUGACUAGCACCAACGCUGGCGCCCCCGAGGCCGAGCAGGCUUUGAGACAGUAG